AUGCCAUCGUCAACACCAAACACGACCGGCUCCGCCGAUCCAUCGGCCAUCCCGUACGGAACAUGGGAUUCCUUCCCAAGAGAGCCAUUUGAAAUGUACAAUGGUUGGAAAUCCAUCUACUAUAGGUCCGAGAAUAACAAGAUUGCUGUCGGGGCGAUACACGAAAUCGGCGAGGGGCAUUUGACCUGGCCGGAAGACGAAUUUCUCAUCGUUACCAAGGGGUGGAUCAAGUUUCAGAUUCAGGAUGGAGAGGAUUUCGAGCUCAAGCAAGGAGAUAUUAUGUUCAUGAAGCAAGGCCAGGUCAUCGAUUUCCAAAUGAGUGACGAUUUUACGAAUAUUGCUGUCUUCAUCUCCGAGGACAAGGUAUCCAUCAUAUAG